CGUUGGCAGCACAGUCGUGAGAGGCAACAUGGCCGCGUCCAGGAUCUUGGUUUCGCGAUGCCGCGUCUGUUUAUCUCUCACGCGUUUAUCCUUCGAUUGAUUGCGCAAUAUGUAUACACGAGCGAUUCGCUGGGGACAUACGGACGCCUAUUCUGCUGACAAACAGAUCGUUGAUUACCGAGAAGAGUCCCGACGUCGAGCUUUCGCGGCUCAGUCAGGUUAGAUCGCACUUUUCACCAAGUAUCCCCGAGAUGAAUUCUCUCUGCAGGAGCGUCUUGCGGACAAGAGGCGUGCACACCGGCGGCGCGUUGCUCAAGGAGACCCCGCGAAACCUCAAGGGCAAGAAGCACAGCUCGCAGCUGUGGCUGGCGCGACAGCUGCGCGAUCCCUACGUGGAGCUGGCGAAGCAGGAGAAGUACCGGUGCAGAAGCGCGUUCAAGCUCCUGGAGAUCAACGAGAGAUUCAGCGUCCUCGAGCCAGGCUUGACCGUCAUAGACUGCGGUGCGGCGCCCGGCAGCUGGACGCAGGUCGCCGCCAAUCUGACCAACGCGCACGGCAAGAAGGUGGACACGCCCGUCGGCAGGGUGUACGCCGUCGACAGGCUGCCGUUCUACCCCGUGGAAGGCGCGACCAUCCUGGGGAACAUGGACUUCACGAAACCCAAGACGCAGGAGACUCUGAGCGAGCUGCUGCGCGGCGACAAGGUCGACAUUGUCCUGUCCGACAUGGCUCCGAACGCGUCCGGCAUGCGGGAGAUAGACCACGAUAACAUAAUGUUACUGGCGUACGCCGCCCUGAGAUUCGCGCUGCAGAUCAGUAAAGCGCAGGGCUCGCUCGUCGUGAAGGUCUGGGACGGCGGUAAGGCGCCGCAGUUCGAGGAGAAUCUGUCCAAGUUCUACAGCAGUGUCAGAGUAGUCAGGCCUGACGCGACGAGGGACGAGUCGACUGAGAAAUUCUUUCUGGCUAGAGGUUUCAAGGGUCUCAAGACGAGCUGACUGCGGUUGACUAGUUCGUAGGUUAACGAUAAGACUUAAAUUGUAAGAUACGAGGAUGUGCGUGGGCGGGUUUGUACAAAUAAAAGAGCACGAUAAUUUGGUAUCAUA